GUGGGACUGUGGGAGGCGAGCGCUCGCGCCGCUCGUUUUUACCGAACCGUGCUGCUGUCAAGCCUCCAACCUGACAUGUGGGUCCACCUGUGAGAGCUCAACUCAAUGGGUCCCAAACUCCCAACUCAUAGACCAAACAUAGCGUGGAUAUUGGGCUUCAAUUCGGUUUCAGUGCUGGGCCGAAAUGAGCCACGGCGGCUGUAAAAAGCCCAGAAGUUCCAAAACGCCUCGCGGCCGUCUCUCGGUCUCUCAAUCCCAUCCCCACUUCCCUCCGGAAUUUGGUCCUCCACGCAACUCCAAUGGCGGCCACCGCCGUCGCCGCCCGAUCUAGGUCCUUGGCCCGCGCCGUCUCCUCCUCUCUCCUCCGCCGCUGCUGCCUCCCCGCCUCCCGCCGCGCCUCCUGCGUCACCAGGUUACCUCUGGUGUCCGGUGGGUUGCUCUCCGCGCUGCCGCUCCACAGCGCCGUCGCGUCGGCGCGGCUGCGGUCAGCCAUCGCGUCGGAGUCGCGGAGCUGGUGUCUCGUUCCCCAAGGGAACUCCAUGCCUUUGUGACAGCACUGCCUCCCUUUUUGUAAUGUAUUGGUCCAAACAAUUUGGGACACUUUCGAAUUCUCACAAUGCUUGUUCUUACAAUUUAAGCUGAGUGAAAAUAUAAAGUGUCUUCCAGUGAUAAGAACAGUUAAAUGGACAAAAUCAAUAGAUUCCUUUUGUGUUGUAUCCAGCUAUUUAAUGUCCUUCUCAUGCGAUAUGAGUAUAGCUGGCAGCGCUUAUUGGUACACAUUUAUUUUCAAAUAACCCGGUUAAUUAUCAGCUCCAGAGAUGCAGUUUAUGUUGGAA